AUGAAAUGUUGCAAAGACGCCAUUGAAACCGGCGCCCUCAACGCCCUCCCCAUCUCACUCGAAGUUGUCGAUGUGUCCGCGUUGCGGAUGGGAGUGAUGGCACCAACGCAGCCAAACUAUGCGCUCUUCGCUUUCGCUUCCUAUCUACUCCCUCCCGCCUUCGCAGCACCAACCCGUACCCAUCACCACGAUGAAGUUCUCCGUCACCACCCUCCUCUUGGCAACCGUCGCCGCCGCUGCGCCCUCGGCCUGCUCGACACUGUCACUUCCGUCAUCGGCCCCGUCGCCGGAUCUGUGGGCGGCGCCGGCAGCGGCAUCGUACGCCGCGCCCUCGGUCUUGACAACGCUCUCGACCCCAACAAGCUUCUCAACAUACCCAAUGCCGUCGUCCCCGUCAAUAUUCCCCUCGAGAUCCCCGUCAAGGUUCCCGGCGCCGGCGAAGUCACGGGAGGACUUCCCAUUUAA